UCUCCUUUACACUUCGAAACAAACGGACUGACACCGUCAACAGCAAUACAGUAUUUUCAAAACCCGGCACCGCUGCGCGGAGACCGAAAAAGAGCGAGCGAAACAAUGUUGUUUUGAACUGUCUUUUUGUUCUGUGAGUGAAUCUUGAUUUGUUUAUCUUUUAGUAGUUUGUCAGGCAAUGGUCGCGAGAAUCUUUUUGGAGAGGGCGCUGCGCGUGUGCGUGAGGGCUGGUUAAACACACAGGCGUCUCAAGUGUCGGGUGCGCUCUAAUGAAUAGACUUCACUGAAUGGAUUUUUAUAUUUAGAGCUUUAAUGCGCCUCUUCUCCCAACGGGAAAUAGUGGACAGCGAGGCAGAAACGGACGCGCUCAGCGACCCCGCAGCAUGGCAUUUUUAUGACAUUUGAAGCUCUUAGAAUCCAUUCGGACAGGAGACGCUGACCGAUUUUUAUGUGCUUUCUAACGGGUUUCGGUGCGCUAACGUGGUGUAAACUCCAGCCGGUGACAAAAUGAUGGCUGGCGGGGCAGUUCAGCAGAACGGGAUCUUUUCUACUCCUCAGCACCUCUCCCAGUCGCCACACAUGGACCCGGAUCUCUCCGAUUCCCGAAAGAGACCCUUGGAAACACCGACUGAGGCGAGCAGCACCAAGCGCUCCAACACCGGAGAGGAGGGUGAAUAUUUCCUGAAGGUGUUGAUUCCCAGCUAUGCCGCUGGUUCAAUCAUCGGUAAAGGGGGGCAAACCAUCGUGCAGCUUCAGAAAGAGACUGGAGCCACCAUCAAACUGUCCAAAUCUAAAGACUUCUACCCAGGUACGACAGAGCGUGUUUGUUUGAUUCAGGGUACGGUGGAAGCUCUGAAUGGAGUUCAUAACUUCAUCGCUGAAAAAGUUCGUGAGAUGCCUCAGAGCAGUCAGAAGACCGAACCAGUCAGCAUUCUCCAGCCACAGACUACUGUUAACCCUGACCGUGUUAAACAGGCUAAACUGAUCGUGCCCAACAGUACAGCAGGACUCAUCAUCGGUAAGGGUGGGGCAACAGUUAAGGCUGUGAUGGAGCAGUCGGGAGCCUGGGUACAGCUUUCUCAGAAGCCUGAGGGCAUCAAUCUGCAGGAGCGUGUCGUGACAGUGAGCGGGGAGCCGGAGCAAAACCGCAAGGCCGUGGAGAUCAUUGUUCAGAAGAUCCAGGAGGACCCACAGAGCAGCAGCUGUCUCAAUAUCAGUUACUCCAACAUCACUGGCCCUGUGGCCAACUCCAACCCAACCGGUUCCCCAUUCGCUAACUCUACAGAGGUGUUACCCAAUGCCGCAGCAGCAGCUACAGCCUCCACGCUCCUUGGCCAGGUGGGUCUCGCAGGCAUGGGUGGGUUCCCUGCGGCCAUGACAAGUUUUUCCGGUAAUGAUCUGCUUGCCAUUACAUCUGCUCUGAACACUCUGGCCAGUUAUGGCUACAAUACCAAUACACUGGGGCUUGGCCUCAAUCCGGCCGCUGCGUCUGGGGUGCUCGCUGCCGUUGCAGCUAGCGCCAAUCCAGCGGCUGCAGCUGCUGCCAAUCUGCUUGCUACAUAUGCCAGCGAGGCUACUGGAGGGGGCAGCCACCCUGGCGCACCUAGCUUAGGGGGCUUCUCACUGGGCUCCCUAGCGGCCGCUACAGGGGUGUCUAAUGGUUACCUGAAUCCCUCAUCCCCGCUGGUGGCAUCAUCUCUGCUGGGCACAGAGAAGCUGGCAGAAGGUGGAAAGGAAGUAGUGGAGAUCGCUGUACCAGAGAACUUGGUCGGUGCUAUCUUGGGAAAAGGCGGCAAGACUCUCGUGGAGUAUCAGGAGCUGACAGGGGCACGAAUUCAGAUCUCCAAAAAGGGAGAGUUCAUUCCAGGCACACGCAAUCGCAAGGUGACCAUUACAGGGUCGCCGGCAGCAACGCAGGCCGCCCAGUAUCUCAUCAGCCAGCGAAUCACAUACGAGCAAGGCGUCCGUGCCACCAACCCUCAGAAGGUGGGCUAGGGAUGGACAGGAGUGGGGAGGGGAAUGACGAAAGAGAAGGAAACCAGAGAGAAUGAAUAGAUGACUGAAUGAAUGAAUUUGAGAGAGAACGGGAUGGGUUGGAGUGAGAAACAUUUCCAAAUACUUAAACACAAAAUAAGGACGAUUACAAAACAAAUGAAAAACGAUCUGAUGGAACUGUGGAUAGAUAAUCUGAUAAUCUGUGGAUAAUAAUCUGAUUGGGGAGAAAUGUGAUAUUUUGUGACUGAAAUUUUGCUGUAUUUUUAAAGUUGUGUUACGUUGUGUAGGUCCGAGUAUCGUGCCCUGGGGCACUCAGAGGAGGAGGAGAUCAAACCUCACUUCCUCUCUCAUAGCCAGAGUCUUUUUAAUUCUAUGUUCAAUUUUUGGCUUCCAUUGCAGAACCCUCACAGUUUAGUUCAUAUCUAAUCCACACCCUGAGCAAGGAGAUUGGAGUUUGAAGCAGUCCCCCUUUUGAUAUCAGUAAAUUGAGUCUCUGAAACUGUUGUGUAGGCCUGAAAUAAAAAGGAAGAUACCUAUAAAAUAUUUCCAUAGGUAAUCUUGGUUUCCCCCCUUAUUGUUUUCAACUGAGACUUAAUCUCAAACACCUGCUGAAAGCAUUAAAUCUCUGUGAUUCUCCAUUAUGGUCAGUUCACACUCAGUCUCUUUUAGAUUUUUUCAAACCUGUGAUUCCAGGUUGACCUGAAUGUAUAAAGACUUCCUGACAUUGUUGUUGUUUUUUAAUAUGUAAAUAGAGUAUAAAAUUGAGAUGCUUUCAAGAGUAGAUAACUAACCUUCAGCCACAGACAGACAGAGACGGACAUCAUACAUCAAAGUUCAGAUACUCAGCAUUAGAGAACUGGAAUGUAAUACACAUACAUGCAAGUGCAGUUUAGUCACAGGAUCCCACUUUGGUGCUUUAAGAAAACACAUUUGAAGAGAUUUUGUUGUCAUAUCUACUGAUUUUAGUAUUUAUGGGAGAG